AUGGAGCGUCAUGUCCCAGGUCUCGGUGUCGUUAGUGGUAUUGUAUCGGACAAAUUCCGACAUAUCGAGCAAUAUAAUGGCAUCCCGUACGGAACUAUCGAGGCUCGUUUCAGACAGGCGAAGCUGGUAACGUCUUGGCAUGGCGACAAGUGGGAUGGUAAGGAAUAUGGACCAAUCUGCCCUUUUCCAAAAAUGGUAAUUGGCCAUGGUCUUACCCAAGCUCGCCUUCCACCACAGAACAACUAUGAUAUGGACGAGUUUAACUGCUUGAACUUGAACAUAACAUGUCCUAUAGGAAGCGCACCUCAAGAUAGUUGGCCGGUCAUGGUGUGGAUCCAUGGCGGUGGGAACUGUGUUGGCAUGGGAUCCGACUCAGGAUAUAACGGUGGACCACUUGUACACUUCUCAGUCGAACGUGACGCGCCGAUUGUGAUUGUGACCAUCAACUAUCGACUUGGAGCUUUCGGUUUCCUUGCGUCAAAAGAAAUCCAAGAGGACAACAAACAAGCUGGCGAUCAUGGGUUUGGAAAUUACGGCCUUCGAGAUCAGCUCCUCGCGUACGAAUGGAUUAAGAAGAAUAUCCGAGCGUUUGGCGGCGACCCAUCACGAGUUACUGCGGCUGGACAUAGUGCGGGCUCAAUUGACACACACAUCUUGAUGUCCUCUGGUCUCUUCUUCAAAGAAACUCCCUUCCACCAGGCAAUCCUUCAGUCGGGUGUAUCGUCGCGCAACGUGCUUACCAUUGAGCGACAACAAAAGCGGUUCGACCUGAUCACCACCCACCUCAAGAUUGGCGCAGAAAAAUCGAGAACUGAGAAGCUGCAGGAUUUGCGAGAUAUACCACCGGACGAUUUAGUAAAGGCAUAUAUUGCUCUAGGAACGCCAGUGCCUUCAUGGCAGGGAACAGUGGACAACCAUUUUCUCCACUCUGUGUCAACCGCAUCAUCACUUCCAUCCAUGAAGUAUCCUUCAACACUCAGGAGACUUCUUCUAGGAGAUACGCAACACGAAGGGCUGAUCUUUGGUACGCCGAUUAAAAAAGCUGGCUUGGAAUUUGCGAAAGUGCAACUUGCAGUUGAGCAGAGCUUGGGACGGGAAAAUACGCAACGUGUUCUUGAAGCUUACGGUAUUACAAAGGAGCUCUCCCCACAGCAGCUCUUUGUGCCCGUCGUGCAAAUAGUCACUGAUGGUGCUUGGUCGCAGCCAAUCGAGGCAGUUGCGAAGUCAUUCUCAAAUGGUGAUGUUUUCUACUAUCAUUUGACAGAAGUCAACCCUUUCGAGGGACCGAACAAAGAUACAGCCCACCAUGGUGUAGAUCUCCUCUUUGUCUUUCUUUCCUAUCAAAGUCUGUUAUCACCCACACUCGCAAGUCUCGGCGAGAUUAUUGCGAUGCACUGGAUCACAUUCAUCAACGGCGGGAAGCCGUGGACCCCCUACAGUCAGAAAUCUGACGGCUCCUCUGCCGUAAUGUUGUUUGGCAAUAACGGUCCUCAAAAAGAGAUUACGGAAGCUGAGAAGCCAAAUUAUGAGACGUUACGCUUGUGUGAGAGUUUACAAGAUAGAUUUGGUGUUUUAGAAGGAUAUCUUCGUGGGGAGAAGCUUUAG